AUUUCUUGCAAAUUCAAUCCCAAGCAAAGAAGAAUUCUUUCAAAUUUCAAUCGUCGGUGGAUACGAGUUCUCUAAGUUUGCAUCCUUCACGAAAGUGUCAGGUCAUUACACAAUUGAUGGGGGGCCAAUCCUCGAAAAGUGUUCACGAAUUCAUAGUCAAGGAUGCCAAGGGGAAUGAUGUCAACCUCAGCCAGUAUAAGGGGAAGGUUCUGUUGAUUGUCAAUGUUGCAUCUCAAUGUGGCUACACCGACCAACACUAUGCCGAGAUGGCUCAGCUGUAUGAAAAAUACAAAGACCAAGGAUUGGAAAUUCUGGCAUUUCCAUGCAACCAGUUUGGAGCUCAGGAGCCCGGGACGAAUGAGGAGAUCCAAGAGUUAGCUUGUAAUCGAUUCAAAGCCAAAUAUCCCCUCUUCGCUAAGAUCGAUGUGAACGGGCAGAAGCAGACUCCGCUGUACAAGUACCUGAAGUCGAGCAAAAGCGGGUUAUUUAGGGAAAGCAUAAAGUGGAAUUUCACCAAGUUUCUCGUCGACAAGCAGGGCAACGUUGUUGGACGUUUCACACCCGAAAACACGCCCCCUGGUAUCGAGAAGGACAUAAAGAAACUGCUGGGCGUUGCUUCGACAAACGAAUGAAUGACCGAUCGGCACACCAAACAAAGCUACACAAAAACAAUUCGGCUAGUUUAGGGACAUGCCAUAUAACAGUGAAUGUGAUCUUAGAGUUGCUAAACUGAACCGAUUAUCAUUCUGAUAAUUGAGUGCAUUGCAUUUAUUAUAUCGUACUUUGUUUCUUCUUUU